UGCUGGAUUCAGUGGGAAUAUAUACAUCCCUGAGUAACCUUUGUCCUGAGGGAGGAGUCUGUCUUGCUUGGGAUGCAAUAACCCCUUUGUUUUUGUAGGCUGGUGCCUUUGUGCUGGAUCCCAUGUGUGGGCUGGGAACGAUACUGCUGGAGGCUGCCAGAGAGUGGCCUGAAGCCUGUUACUGGGGUGCUGAUAUAAGUGAUUCACAGUUAGAGGGUGCAGAUGUGAAUAUUAGAACUGCAGGCUUAAUGAAUAAGAUUGAGUUGCUUAAAGCUUCAGUGAAAGCACUGCCAUUGCCUUCAGAAAGCUUUGACGCUGUGAUUUCGGAUAUUCCAUUUGGGAAGAAGUUCAAGAUUAGGAAUGAUGCCCAGCUUCUACCAGAUAUUCUCCAGGAAAUGGAAAGAGUGAUCCGUGUUGGAGGGACCAUGGUAUUGCUGCUGAGCCAAGAUCUCCGCAAGUGCAUGGACAGCUUGACCACGUGUGCUGGAAGUGACUCUCCUGAGGCCAUUGCUGAUGGCACCGGUGAAACAGCCACUGCCAAAGCCCCGAGUGUUGAUGGGAAUCCUUCCGCUGUGGCGAGUGGUGGUGGAGAAUCCUUUUGCAGCAGCAGACAGAUGCGUUUUGGGUCUCUGGUGCCAGAUGGUGUCUAUGGGGUUAGUCUUGGGAAGACAGAGGCUUUCAUAUACAAAUGCAGGAAGGUCUCUGCUGCCAGGAAUCGGUAGCUCACAUUCUUGGGGUGUCCUCAGGCACUGCUUGUCUCUGGUUUUUAGGAGAGAUGGAAGGUGCCUACUAGAGUUUCAGCUGGUUUCCCAGUAUUGUGCACAGUGAAACAGUACAUGGUAUAUUUUAAUGAGGCAAAGUCCUCAAGUCCUUGUUAAGGCAAAGCUGCUCUUUACUGGGAGGAGUUUCUGUGGGAGAGAAAGUUUUUACUGAACUGCAAACCCAAAUGUGGGUAGCAUUAAAUCUAAAUGGACUUUCACCUUCAGCAGUGUUUAUCAGGAAACACAUUUUGUCUGAAGAAGUCUCCAUCUCUUUUUGAGGGGUGGAUAUAUGCUUUACCUGGCAGUCUUCUGUUUUAAAGCAUGUUUCUGGUAAUUCUGAAAGAUCUCUUGGAGUGGAAAAUAAACUAUUUUGUAUGUUAA